AUGUAUGAGAACUUCAUGGGACAUUCACUGAUCAGCAACCUCCUGGGGAAGAUCCUAAUAUUUUCCUCUUUCCUGCCCCUAAUCGGGAAGAUGCCCCUCACUCCACCCCUGGUAAUCCUGGUCCGGACAGCCAAUGACUUUGGAUUGUUCUUAUCGGAUGAAGAUCCCAAGAAAGGAAUCUGGUUGGAGGCCGGGAAGGCGCUCGACUAUUACAUGUUACGUAAUGGGGACACCUUGGAGUACCGGAAGAAGCAGCGGCCUCUGAAGAUUCGCAUGUUGGAUGGGACGGUGAAGACGGUUAUGGUCGAUGACUCCAAGACUAUGAGCGACCUCCUGAUGACCAUCUGCGCCCGGAUAGGUAUCACCAACUAUGACGAGUACUCUCUGGUGCGGGAAGUGUUUGAGGAGAAGAAGGAAGAGAUGACCGGAACCCUAAAAAAGGACAAAACUCUUCUCCGGGAUGAAAAGAAAAUGGAGAAACUGAAGCAGAAGCUGCACACGGAUGAUGAGUUGAAUUGGCUGGACCCGGGGCGGACGUUACGAGAACAAGGUGUAGAUGAGAAUGAAACCCUCCUCCUGAGACGGAAGUUCUUCUAUUCCGACCAGAACGUGGACUCCAGGGACCCCGUGCAGCUCAACCUCCUCUACGUACAGGCUCGGGAUGACAUUCUGAACGGCUCUCAUCCGGUCUCCUUCGAUAAGGCCUGCGACUUUGCUGGCUAUCAGUGUCUGGUGCAGUUCGGACCUCAUAAUGAGAUGAAGCACAAGCCGGGCUUCCUGGACAUGAAAGAUUUCCUGCCGAAAGAAUACAUCAAACAGAAAGGAGAACGCAGAAUCUUCCUGGUGAGUGGGCGGAGCUUGUGUUGGGGUCUCGUAUUUGGGACGAGUAGAUCCGCCCCUUCUCUGCAGGAAAAGAUGAAGGGGAAGAACAAGCUGGUGCCUCGUCUGUUGGGGAUCACCAAGGAGUGUGUGAUGCGGGUAGAUGAGAAGACCAAGGAAGUGAUCCAGGAAUGGAACCUCACAAACAUUAAACGUUGGGCCGCCUCACCCAAGAGCUUCACCCUGGACUUUGGCGAUUAUCAGGACGGGUAUUACUCGGUGCAGACCACGGAGGGAGAGCAGAUCGCCCAGCUCAUCGCCGGAUACAUUGACAUCAUCCUGAAGAAGAAAAAGAGUAAAGACCAUUUUGGCUCGGAGGGAGAUGAAGAAUCCACCAUGUUGGAGGACUCGGUGUCACCCAAGAAGUCCACGGUUCUACAGCAACAAUUUAACACAGUGGGGAAGGUGGAGCACGGCUCUGUAGCUCUUCCGGCCAUCAUGCGUUCUGGGGCUGGAGGACCGGAAAACUUCCAGGUGGGCUCCAUGCCAAUGGCUCAGCAGCAGAUCACAAGUGGACAAAUGCACUGGGGCCACAUGCCACCACUGACCUCGGCCCAGCAGGCUCUCACCGGUACGAUAAACUCGAGCAUGUCAGCUGUGAAUGCGGCUCAGGCCUCCCUGGAUGACUUCGAUACUCUUCCACCUCUCGGACAAGAUGCGGCGGCCAAGGCUUGGAGGAAGAACAAGAUGGACGAAUCCAAACAUGAGAUCCACUCUCAGGUGGACGCCAUCACGGCAGGAACCGCCUCGGUUGUCAACCUGACUGCAGGUGAUCCCGCAGAUACAGAUUACACGGCUGUGGGCUGUGCGGUCACAACCAUCUCUUCCAACCUGACGGAGAUGUCUCGCGGAGUGAAGCUUCUGGCGGCUCUAAUGGAGGAUGAGGGAGGAAACGGCCGGCAACUUCUUCAUGCCGCCAAGAACCUGGCGGGUGCCGUCUCUGACCUGCUGAAGACCGCCCAGCCCGCCAGCACCGAGCCUCGGCAGGUUCUCCUGCAGGCAGCUGGAAAUGUCGGUCAGACAAGUGGAGAGUUACUGCAGCAGAUCGGCGAGUGUGACACGGACCCACGUUUCCAGGACAUGCUCAUGCAGUUGGCGAAGGCCGUAGCAAGUGCCGCGGCAGCCCUGGUACUGAAGGCCAAGAACGUAGCGGAGCGGACGGAUGACCCCAUGGAGCAGGCCCAGGUCAUUGCUGCUGCCACCCAGUGCGCCCUUUCCACCUCUCAGCUGGUGGCUUGUACUAAGGUAAGACAUCCGAACGCCGUUGUGGCCCCAACGAUAAGUUCCCCCGUCUGUCAGGAGCAGCUGUUGGAGGCUGGAAAGCAGGUGGCCAAGUCAGUGGAGGGCUGUGUGGAGUCUUCCAAAGAAGCUACCGGAGACCCGGAGCUCCUGAAGGCUGUCGGUGUGGCGGCAUCUGCCGUCACCCAGGCGCUCAACGACUUGCUGCAACACAUCAAGAAGAAUGCCACCGGAGGACCUCCGACGGGCAGAUACGACCAGGCCACCGAUACCAUCCUCAAUGUGACGGAGAACAUCUUCAGCUCCAUGGGAGAUGCGGGGGAGAUGGUGCGGCAGGCUCGUAUCCUGGCCCAGGCCACGUCCGAUCUCGUGGGCGCCAUUAAGGCGGAUGCCGAACAGGAAAGUGAUCUGGAGAACUCCCGAAAACUUCUCAGCGCCGCCAAACUUCUCGCUGACGCCACGGCACGAAUGGUGGAGGCCGCCAAGCAAGCAGCCAAACAGGCCGCCGCGUCCGCCACACAAACCAUCGCCGCCGCUCAGAAUGCCGCGUCCAGCAACAAGAACCCCGCCGCACAACAACAGCUGGUGCAGAGCUGCAGGCUUGUGGCCGAUCAGAUCCCAUCGUUGGUUCAGGGAGUCCGAGGGAGCCAAUCACAGCCGGAGAGUCCGAGUGCCCAACUGUCACUCAUCAGUGCCAGCCAGAACUUCCUGCAGCCGGGCGGUAAAUUGGUGGCUGCCGGGAAGGCGGCUGUCCCGACGGUCUCGGAUCCGGCUUCUGCCAUGCAGCUCGGUCAAUGCACAAAGAACUUGGCUGCCGCUCUGGCCGAGCUCCGCACUGCUGCACAAAAGGCACAGGAAGCAUGUGGACCUCUGGAGAUUGACUCGGCGCUGAACCUCAUCCGCUCCCUGGAACAAGACUUGAAGGAGGCCAAAGCAGCAGCCCGAGACGGCAAACUGAGGCCACUGCCGGGAGAAAUGGUGGAGAAGUGCUCACAGGACCUGGGAAGCAGCACAAAGGCCGUGAGUUCCGCCAUCGCCCAACUUCUCGGUGAGAUUGUCCACGGCAAUGAGAACUACACAGGGCGUGCUGCCCGCGACGUGGCGCAGGCACUUCGUUCUCUGGCUCAGGCCAGCCGGGGAGUGGCUGCCACAUCGGGAGACCCGGCAGUGCAGAACGCCAUGUUGGAGUGUGCCGGAGAUGUCAUGGACAAGGCUGGAAAUCUGAUAGAAGAAGCUAAAAGAGCGGCGGGAAAGCCGGCCGAUGCCGAAGCCCAACAGAGAUUGGCUCAGGUGGCCAAGGCCGUGUCUCAGGCUCUGAGCCGCUGUGUCAAUUGCUUGCCGGGGCAGAGAGAUGUGGACGCGGCUAUAAAGGGCAUUGGAGAGGCCAGUAAGAAGCUCCUGGCUACAUCUGUGAGUAUUUCCUCCUCCCUUGCGUGUUCCUUCCGCCCACAGAACAAGGAGGACCAGGCCCAGGUGGUCUCCAACCUCAAGAGCAUUUCCCUCCCCGCCUCUCCUAACCUGAAGAAUCAGCUGGCGGCCGCAGCCCGGGCCGUCACCGACAGUAUCAAUCAGCUGAUCACCGUGUGUACCCAGCAAGCCCCGGGACAGAAGGAGUGUGACAACGCUCUGCGCGAGCUGGAGACUGUACGAGAGCUACUCCAGAACCCAACAGAACCGGUGAACGACCAGUCGUACUUCCACUGCCUGGACAGCGUCAUGGAGAACUCCAAGGUUCUUGGCGAGUCCAUGGCUGGAAUUUCUCAGCACGCCAAGACCAGCAAUUUGCCGGAGUUUGGUGAGGGGGUGAGCACGGCAUCCAAGGCUUUGUGCGGCCUGACCGAGGCUGCGGCACAGGCCGCAUACCUUGUUGGCGUGUCGGAUCCCAGCAGUCGCGCCGGCCAGCAGGGUCUAGUGGACCCCACACAGUUUGCCAGAGCCAACCAAGCUAUCCAGAUGGCCUGCCAGAACCUGGGGGAUCCAGCCUGCACCCAGUCACAGGUGAGGUCCCCGGGGCCCGAUGGGGGAGGGGUGGAAGACAUGCUGGCUGACCUUAUAGGGGUGGUAUCUGGGUGA